AAACAUAUCUUUCCGAUAAUGUCAGCAUAAGUUUUUUUCGAAUGAGCAUUUUUGUGAAAACAGCUGCUUCAAAGGAAACCAAGGGAUAGAUACCAUAUGGUGAUACAAUUUGUAGUCUUCGUUUGUGCAUUUUAUGGAAUGAUACUUUGAAAUGGGUAUGAUUCUGCAAAUUUUCAUUUACAACAUUUGAUUACUGGAUAGCAUGAAGAUGAGUGGUUCUACCAUGAACCAACAGAGACCAGCUAGUUUUGCCAUAAGUGACAUUCUGGAGCUCGAUCGAAAUGUUCCUAAUUCUUAUGAUAAUUCAGCACCAGAAAACUCUUUGUUCACUAACUCAGCGCCUGACAUCAACCCUUACACAACUCUGAACAGGCACUGGUCUACUGUCACAGAACCACUCAGCAUUACCAACCACCUACCUCUACCAAAUGCCUCACAACUGAGUCCUGACAGCACAAGUCCUUCAAUAUCAGACCGUUCUAGUGUGGAUCCUUCUGUUCAAGAUCAUAGUUCCAGUACUAUCGAUCCCACAGCAACAUCAGCAGAUGAAAGAGAUGACGAUGAAGAUUGCUUAGAAGACGACAAGGACGCAUCGGAUCACACAAAUUCCAACUCAGCCAAUCAAAAAAAGAGGAAACGCAGAGUGCUGUUUUCCAAAGCCCAAACCUACGAAUUGGAGAGGAGAUUUAGACAACAAAGAUAUCUUUCGGCUCCUGAGAGAGAACAUUUGGCUUCGAUAAUCAGAUUGACACCUACCCAAGUUAAAAUUUGGUUCCAAAAUCACAGAUAUAAGACCAAACGUGCCCAGCAUGAAAAAGGCUUGCAUGACCAAGGAUCCAGCACAGGUUUACCCUCGCCGAGAAGGGUAGCAGUACCAGUUCUAGUGAGAGACGGUAAACCAUGCGUUGGUGGUCCACCAAAAUCAGAUAAUUUAAUGCCUCCUACUAACAUCAUGAUGGGAGCUCAUCCCCACCACCUUAUGUACAACCAAUCCAGAAUUUGGUGGUAAUACCUACGACAAGGAAUAAUCUAUUGUUAGUAGCUGGAAAAUCCUGAAAUGAAUGUACAACAGCAUCAGCAGCUGUUGGUGUCAUUCAUUUCGAAACGCAGAUUUUGACGCAGAUUUCUUCGCAGAUUCGUUUUAUGAGUUUGGAAUGAAAUAUUUAUUGUGAGAAUUGUAAAUAUCGAAACUUGUUAGGACAUGUAUAAAUGUGUAAAUAGAUUUUAGAAUGUGAUUUUGUAGGUAGCGUUGGAACGGACUCCGACUAAAGCACAUUUGUUGGUUUUGUAGUGGUGAACCACAGACUAGUCAAUUUUAUAUUAUAAAUGAUGUGAUAGAGUUAAUAUAAAAUAUAUAAUUAUAUAUAUACUCCAUGAUUAAAA